GAAAAUGUCUCCAGCCCAGGAGAAAGUUCCUGUCCUGAGACCUUUAGUUAGACUUCCAGGACAGCGCCUGAGGUGAAGGGGCAGCUCCAGGAACUGCUUGUUGGUGGUAAAACAACUGGUGGUCAUCCUGGCUGGCCAGAGAGGACUGGACAGGUGACCACAUGGCCUUGGACUCAAUGCUUAGGGAGAGAGCUCAAAGCCGUGAUCUUCACCAAGACUGCAGCAUGGAGGAUGAGGAGGGAGUGCCUUUUGGGUUCCUCACAGCCAGGUUUCAGGAAUCGGUGAUGUUCAAGGACGUGGCUGUGGACUUCACCCGGGAGGAGUGGAGACACCUGGAUCCUGCCCAGAGGGCCCUGUACAGGGACGUGAUGUUGGAGAACUAUGAGAACCUGGUCUUCUUGGGGCUUCCUGUUUCCAAACUGGAUGUGAUUUCCCUGUUGGAGAGAGGCGAAGCCCCAUGGAGGCCUGAGGGAGGAGGCCCAAGAUGCUCCUGCCCAGAUUCUUUUAUUGAGAGCAGGGUUACAAACAAAGACUCCCUUCUGAUACAGGCUACUUGCAAGGAAGAAUCAUCCAAGAAAAUAAUGCCAAAGGAUCCUGUCCAAUGUUCAAAGAUUCUGGAAGCUAGAGAAGAUGAUAUUAAUUUAGAGAAACCAAAGGGUAGCCAGGAGAGACAGUCCAGACAAGUAGCAAUCACUUCUAGAGCAUCUUUUAAUGAAGGGAUUGUACUUCAGGGUAAUAUACUGGGGAGAAGUUUUAGUCCAGGAUCAGUCCUGGCUGCAUUGUGGAAAGUAGGUGUGGAGAAACGUUUCCACAAAUAUAAGACACCUGGAAAGAGCUUCAGGGAUUUUUCAGACCUGAAUGUGUGUAAUAGACCCUCCUUAGAGAAAAACUUGGGUAAGUGUAGCUUGUGCAGAAAGCCUUUCAGUUACCGCUCAGACAUAAUUAAAUUUCAUAGAAUUCAUACUAGAGAAAGGCUACACGAACAUAAUGAAUGUGGAAAAGCCAUUGGCAGAAGACAAAAUAUCACUGGACAUCAGAGAAUUGAUACUGGAGAAAAACAUUACAAAUGUAAUCAAUAUGGGAAAGGCUUUAGUCACAAGGAAAUCUUGACUAAACAUAAGACAUUUCUUACUGGAAUGAAACCCUUUGAAUGUAAUGAAUGUGGAAAGUCCUUCAGGGAAAGUAAAGUACUCAAAAGCCAUCAGAGAAUUCAUACUGGAGAGAAACCUUUUGAGUGUCAUGAGUGUGGGAAAGGCUUCAGCCAAAGGGCCAACCUUGUUAGGCAUCAGAGAACUCAUACUGGAGUGAAACCCUUUGAAUGUAAUGAAUGUGGGAAAGCCUUUAGCCAGAGGGGACAGCUCAUUUAUCAUCAGAGAAUUCAUACUGGAGAAAAACCCUUUGAGUGCAGUGAGUGUGGGAAAUGCUUCAGCCGGAGGGCAAUCCUUAUUACCCAUCAGAGAACUCAUACUGGAGAGAAACCCUUUGCAUGUAAUGAAUGUGGGAAAGCCUUCAGUGAAAGUAAAGUACUCAAAAGCCAUCAGAGAAUUCAUACUGGAGAAAAACCCUUUGAAUGUAGUGAGUGUAGAAAAGCCUUCAGCCAGAGGGGCCUGCUUAUUUAUCACCAGAGAAUCCAUACUGGAGUGAAACCCUUUGAAUGUAAUGAAUGUGGAAAGGCCUUCAUUGAGAAUCAAGUAUUGAAAAGCCAUCAGAGGAUCCAUACUGGAGAGAAACCUUUUGAAUGCAAUGAAUGUGGUAAAGGCUUCAGCCAGAGAGGCCAUCUUAUUAGACAUCAGAGAACUCAUACUGGAGUGAAACCCUUUGAAUGUAAUGAAUGCCAGAAAGCUUUCAGUCAGAGAGGAAACCUCAUUUAUCAUCAGAGAAUUCAUACUGGAGAGAAGCCUUUUGAAUGUAGUGAAUGUGGGAAGGGCUUUAGACAGAGGGCAGUCCUUAUCACCCAUCAGAGAACUCACACAGGAGUGAAACCCUUUGAAUGUAAUGAAUGUGGGAAAGGCUUCAGCCAGAGAGGACACCUCAUUAGGCAUCAGAGAACGCAUACUGGAGUGAAACCCUUUAAAUGUCAUGAAUGUGGGAAAGGCUUUAGCCAGAGUGGACACCUUAUUAAACAUCAGAAAACCCAUACUGGAUCAAAACAUUUUGAAUGUAAUAAAUUCCUUCCUCAAGAAUAGGCUAUCCCAAAAUAGCUGUCCAUCGAUUGGAGAUUGGCUAAAUAUAUUGUGUUAUAUAGAUAAUGAAAUAGUGCUGUGCUAUAAGAAAUGGUAAAGAAGUCAAAGAAACAUAAGAUGACAUGAACUGAUGCAGGGUGAAGUAAGGAGAACCAGAAAUACAGUUUAUACAAUGAAUACAGUAUAAACAGAACAAAAAAAAUUAAAUGCAGUGUAAUUUUAAUGACCCAGUUUGACCCCAGGGAAUGGGAAAUCCUUUUUUUUUUUUUUUUUUUUUGCUGAGAUGGGAAGACUAGGGAUAGAUAACCUUGCCUUUACCGUCAGACUUGCCGGAUUGUGUUGGUUGGUUUUGCUAAACUACUUCCUCCCUUCCCACCUUCAUUCUUUGUUACAAGAAGGUCAUAUGAAAACAUAUCAAAAUUUUUAAAAUUAUUUUAAAAGAACAUGUCAUGCUAGAGUGAGCCCAUUUCCUUUAUUGAUUGAUGGGGUUGCUAAACUAGUCUCUAUCUUGUUUACGUGUUGUUUCACCCCAUUAGAUGGUAAGCUCCUUGAGGGCGGGGACUGUUCAUUUUUUGUUUCUUUUUAACUUUUUUUGUAUUCCCAGCGCUUAGCGUAGUGCCUGGCGUAUAGUGGGCACUGCAGAAAUGCAUCUUGAUUGACUGACUGAGUUUAAGGGAAUGUUGUAGGUAUAGUUUAACCUAGAAUGAAGGUAGUUAAUAAAGUCUUUUUGUGGAAAAAAAUACAACAACGUAGACUGGAUAGUUGUAAAAUUAAAUGUCUCCAGAACUGAUUGAAUCAUCAACUCCAAAGAGUCCUCAUUAGUGAUCCGGCGUCAGAUUGAAAACCCUGCAAGGGAGGGCUCCAGGCUCCCAAGCUGCUUGAAUAUUUUUGUCAGUGACUUCUGUGAAGACACAGGUGCCACACUUGCCAACUCUUCCGCUCCCUGCUGUGUAUUUAAAAAUAUAUAUACGGGGCAUCCAUAAAGUCCAUGUAUAAUUUAAAAUGGUUGUAACUUUGUAACUAUAUGUAAUAGAAUCUGCAAGAAGCAAAAGAAAGAAGAAACACUUAAUUUUGUAUUGUUCUUGUUAAUUUUCAACACGUUCGCCAUCAUUACUAUACAAAGGGUAAUACGAUUCUGUAGCUCAUGGAAAAUGUUUUCAAGCUGAUUUUCAGUAAUGCCAGCAAUCCUAGCUUGCAAGUCUUCUUAGAUCGAGGUUUGGUUGAAUAAACAUUAGUUUUCACAUGUCCCCGUAAAAAGAAAUCCAACGGAGUCAAAUCUGGCGAACAUGGAGGCCAAGAAAAUGGUAGACUUUGGAGAGCGGUGGUAGAUUUUAGUUCAGCCAACCAAAGAACACAGUGUACUUUCUCUUCUAGUGAAGCCAUGGGUCAACAGUAAUCCUGAAAAUAAGUAAUUUUUAAGUUGAAUUUCUAAAAAUAAAAUAAACAUAAAAUUUCUAAAGACAUAAAUGAACUAGAUGCAUCAAGCUUCCUAAUCCUUGUUACAGAUUCUAUCACAUUUAGUUACAAAGUUACAACUAUUUUAAAUUGCGCACAGACUUUAUGGACACCCUGUAUAUUUUGUUGAUGGCCUUUUUUUCUUCAGCCGCACUGUCGCUAAUCUUCCUCCGCUCGUCUCCUAAAUCUCUUCCCUCACCUUGCUGAAGCCCCACCCCACCCAAGCCUUCCAUUUUAACAUAUAUACAUAGUGGAGCUUAACAGUUUAGCACUUUGGUCAUGUCUGAAAAUAGACAUUUCAGUCUGCAUCUCUACUCAAGAUGUGGAAGACAAAGUUCAUCCUCCAUCUUUGGCAGUCAUUUAUUGCAUGGAAGAAGGUACAGAAAGGGACACGGUCAGAUAAGACAGUUUUGGGACUAUUACAUUGUUUGUUGUGUAAUUAAAAACAAUCUGUACAUAACCAAAAUCCACAGUUAUUUGCAUUGUUUUUCAAGGGUUUUGUUUAUGGAAAAUAGCCUGUAUGAAGCUUGUAUUAAUUAGCCAGGCCCUGGGCUCUGUAUGAGGAGGCUGGAUUGUAAAAGCCUUCACGCUCAAGGUCUAUGAUGUUAGAAACUAUAGUCCUCUGUUUAUUUUUGUCACGUUCAUAAUAAUAAAUGAUUUGUUUUUAAAAACU